GGAUUCAUGUUCUUUGGCUUUCUUACGAAACUCGAGAAAUGAUGGCGGAGAAAGCAGGCAAGGCAACAAAUGUUGGAGAAGCAGAGAAAUCUCUCAAAGACAAAGGCAACGAGUUCUUCAAAGCUGGCAACUUCCUUAAAGCCGCAGCUCUCUAUACUCAAGCCAUCAAGCUCGAUCCUUCUAACGCUACUCUUUACAGUAACCGAGCUGCUGCAUUUUUGAGCCUAGUUAAGCUUAGCAAAGCCUUAGCUGAUGCUGAGACUACCAUCAAACUCAACCCUCAGUGGGAAAAGGGGUACUUCAGGAAAGGUUGUGUGCUUGAAGCCAUGGAAAAAUACGAAGAUGCUUUGGCUGCUUUUGAAAUGGCUCUGCAGUACAACCCACAGAGCACAGAAGUUUCUAGAAAGAUCAAGAGGCUCGGUUUGUUGCAGAAGGAGAAACAGAGAGCUCAAGAACUCGAGAAUUUGAGAUCUAAUGUUGACAUGGCCAAGCAUCUUGAAAGUUUUAAAUCUGAAAUGUCUCAAAACUAUGGAACUGAAGAGUGUUGGAAAGAGAUGUUUUCUUUUAUUGUUGAGACUAUGGAGACAGCUGUGAAGUCGUGGCACGAGACAUCUAAAGUCGAUACUAGAGUCUAUUUCCUUCUUGACAAAGAGAAAACACAAACCGAUAAGUACGCACCAGCUGUCAACAUCGAUAAGGCCUUUCAGUCACCGGACACGCACAGUAACUGCUUUACGUAUCUGAGGCAAUACGCAGAAGAGUCAUUUUCCAAGGCUGCUUGCUUAGUAACACCAAAGAGUAGUAUAUCCUACCCACAGGUGUGGAAAGGUCAAGGCUCAAGGAAAUGGAAACUCGGACAAAAUGAUGGAAUCUUUGUUCAGUUUGAAUCUCCCUCUCUUCGAAAAGUUUGGUUCAUCCCUAGCUCGAAAGAAAAGGGACAAACUUUGUGCAGGGAACCACAAGCUCUGGAUAUCAACGCACAUGAGAUUCUCCCUCGCAUUUUCAAGGAGAUAUCGAAAAGCUCGUAGGGUAUUGUUUUGUUGCAGUAUGAUUCUCUAUAUCCAGUUUUUGAUCAAGACUGAAAAGAAAAAAAAAAAAGAGUUCUUGUGAGUGUGCUACUUAGAAAAUCCACCUUUUUUGUUGUUUCUUAUCUAUUGAUUAAAAAAAAAUAUACUCUCAACUUUUGAAUCAGAAGGCUAUCUUUGAAUCAAAAAUUUUACUCAAC